AAAGAACUUGAAUAUUAUGGGAAAGAUUUAACUAAAGAAGAAUUAUGGGCCUGUGCUAAUAUGGCAACAAUUCCAGUUUUGGAAGUUGAUAUAUUUAAUAUAAAUAACAACAUAUUCGAUGAUGACAACAUAUUCGAUAAUGACGAAUCUUAUAUUAUAAAUCAACAUACUAAUUUUACUUUA